AUGUCCCCUUUCCUCCCCAUCGCCUCGACCUCGCGCAUCCCCUACACCGCGCCCAAACCCCUACCGACCGUCCCCUCACGCUUCUUCAGCACUACUCCACCCUGUGCUUCCCCCACCCGCCGCACCUCACACCUCAUCCAUCCCCUACUCCGACAGCGCCUCACGAACCUCACCUUCCUCCUCGCCGGCACCCUGUCAGUCUUGACCGUCUCUCUCGGCAUGAGCGGGACGUUUGGGGAGGGCGCGGCACCGGGAUGUCCUGCGCGGAGUCGGGCGGGAGUCGCGUUGGAUCAGGAGCGGGUGGAGAGGGUUGCGAAUGAGAGGGAGAAUGCGCCAAGGAGGGAGAAAGAGUCGUGGUGGAAGACGAAGGGAAGGUUCUUGGACGACCCUGUUGUGGCAGCGCCACCGGUAACAGCACCGCGGAUUGUGCAGGCGCGAUCAACGAGCUUGGCGGAUCAGGGCGAGCGGAGUGAGGCGGACGAGCGAGGAUGUAUGCGAGACGACUUGCAGAAGCAGGACGAGCGGCAGCCUAGCCCAGGGCGGGGCGACAGGCGGACUGGGUGGACUGGGUGGCUAGGGACGGGCGAGCGGGUCGUGUAG